UUUCAACGUAUUCUAUAUUAUUGUAUAUCACGAAAUAAUGAAGUACUUUUUGAUGCAAAAUGCUAAGUUCAACAAUUAAAACUUUUACAUUCUCAUUAAAAAUGACGAACUGGCAAAUGGAAAUUGGGAGAAUGACGCUGUACAUAUUAUUUCCUAUCGGGAUUUACUAUUAUUUUAAUCAAACUGAUAACAUCGAAGAAUGGAUACAGACCGAAAGGAAAAAGCUUGCCCCUGAUGAUGAGAAGAAACGGGCCGACUUUAAACAGUUUGUCUAUGAAUAUAACAAGAAACAGGAUCUGAAAGCACUUGCAGAGAUGGAAAUGCAAUAUCAGGGAAUGAAGUAGAUUAUUCCAUGAGUUUCAGGUCACAGGCAUGACUGUGAUUCUGUUGUUGUUCCUUUCAUUUUUUAAAAAUAAACGUGAAAUAUAUUAUUGCUACAGUU